GGUGCUGCGUGUUGGAAGGGCGGCCGAGCUCUGCGGGUCUCAGGAGUGGAGCCAGGGGCCACAGCCGCCGUGAGCCCCCAGCCAUGGGGCGGUCUGGAAAGUUGCCCUCUGGCGCCUCCACCAAGCUGAAGCGCUGGAAGAAGGGCCACAGCAGCGAUUCCAAUCCCGAAGGCCGGCGGCACCGGCAGGCCGCGCGCAGCCGCUUCUUCAGCCGGCCCUCAGAAAAAAGUGAUCUAACCAUUGAUGCUCUUAAAUUGCAUAAUGAGCUGCAAGCUGGCCCUCUGCCCUUGGCCAGGGGAGAGAAAGCUCAGUCUCUCAUGGAGAAUGAAGCAGGCCCAGUGCUCUCUGAGAAAUCUUCGGGCACCUUCCUGAGUGGCCUUUCUGACUGUACCAACAUCACCUUCAGCAAGGUGCAGCGCUUUUGGGAGUCCAGUUCGGCUGCUCACAAGGAGAUCUGUGCGGUCCUGGCUGCUGUCACAGAAGUGAUCCGUUCCCAGGGAGGGAAGGAGACUGAAACAGAGUACUUUGCUGCACUGAUGACCACAGUAGAAGCCGUGGAGUCAACAGAAUCUCUAGCUGCUGUGGUUUAUUUGCUGAAUCUGGUUUUGAAGCGGGUUCCCAGCCCCGUGCUCAUUAAGAAGUUCUCUGAUACCUCUAAAGCUUUUAUGGACAUUCUGUCAGCUCAGGCCAACUCUGGUUCCACAGCAGCACUCCGAUGGGUCCUCUCCUGCCUGGCUACCCUCCUGCGAAAGCAGGACCUGAUGGCCUGGAGCUACCCUGUCACUCUACAGGUUUAUCAUGGGCUGCUGAGCUUUGUUGUCCAUGCCAAACCCAAGGUCCGGAAGGCAGCCCAACACGGGGUGUGCUCUGUCAUCAAGGGCAGUGAGUUCCUCUUUGGAGAUAAGCCCCCCACGCAUCACCCGGCUGCCCUCUCCACUGCUAAAUUCUGUAUCCAGGAGAUUGAGAAGUCUGGAGGCUCCAAGGAGGCCACCACCACCCUGCACGUGCUCGCCCUGCUCUCUGAGCUGCUGCCGUGUUUCCCAGUGGGCAUGGUGAAGAGUUGCAGUGAGACGUUGCUGAGGGUCAUGACUCUCAGCCAUGUGUUGGUGACCGCCUGUGCCAUGCAAGCUUUUCACAGUCUCUUCCGUGCCAAACCUGGUCCUGACAUCCUUUCGGCAGAACUCAAUGCCCAGAUUAUCACGGCUCUGUAUGACUACAUUCCCAGUGAGAAUGACUUACAGCCCCUGCUUACCUGGCUUACGGUAAUGGAGAAGGCCCAUGCUAACCUGGUCAGGUUGCAGCGAGACCUUGGAAUGGGACAUUUACCUCGAUUUUUUGGGGCUGCAAUGAACUGUCUUCUUUCACCCCAUACACAGGUGGCGACAGCUGCCACCCAGAGCCUCGAGGUGCUUCUCACAGAGUGUCUUGCUCCCCACAUGGCUGACAUCGGCCCAGUGUCCUCUUCUGCCUCUGGGCCCCCCCUCUAUGUUGCUAGGAUGUUCAGGGCUGUGGAAGAAGGCCUGACAUACAAGUUUCAUGCGGUGUGGGACUUGGUGCUGCAACUGCUCCGCAGCUUCUUUGAGACCUGUGGGAAACAGGCUCACCUCAUAAUGAAGAAGUGCCUUCAGUCCCUCUGCGACUUGCGCAUGUCCCCACACUUCCCUCACAAACUGGCUCUGGACCAGGCAGUGGGAGCUGCAGUGGCCAGCAUGGGCCCUGAGGUUGUGCUUCAAGCUGUGCCAUUGGAGAUUGAUGGCUCUGAAGAGAACUUGGAUUUCCCUCGGAGCUGGCUGCUGCCCGUCAUUCGUGAUCAUGUCCGUAACACGCGGCUGGGCUUCUUCACAGGCUACUUCCUGCCCCUGGCAGCUACGCUGAAGAACAGAGCUACAGAACUGGCCCAGGAGGGGAGGACCAUGGAGUCCAAAAUCUAUGACACUCUUCAGUGGCAGAUAUGGACCCUGCUGCCUGGAUUCUGUACCAAGCCCACUGACGUGGCUGCCUCCUUCAAAGGGAUUGCGAGGACUCUGGGUGCAACCAUCAGCGAGCGCCCAGAUCUGCGGCUCACGGUGUGCCAGGCACUACGCAUGCUGAUCACCAAGGGUUGUGAGGCAGAAGUGGACCGUGCUGAAGUGAGGCGCUUUGCCAAGAACUUUCUGCCAAUACUGUUUAAUGUGUAUGGACAGCCUCUGGCGGAUGGGGAAAGCGCCGCUCCCCGGAGGGCUGUGCUGGACACCGUUAAAACUUACCUCACUGUCACAGAGACAGAGCUGGUGAAUGGUUUCCUGGAGAAAGCCAGUGAGAAGGUGCUUGAUCCUGCCAGCUCGGACUUCACCAGACACUCUAUCCUGGAUUUGAUUGUGGCCAUGGCACCCCAUGCUGAUGAAGCCUCAAUCAGCAAGCUGUACAAUACAAUCUCUCCCUACCUAGAGAGUAAGGAGCACACCAUGCAGAAAAAGGCCUACAGGGUGCUGGAGGAAGUGUGUGCCAGCACGGAGGGUCCUGGAGAAUGCUUUGUUCAGAACCACCUGGGAGACCUGAAGAAAACCCUCCUGGACUCCCUCCGGAGCACUGCCUCCCCAGCCAAAAGGCCCCGUUUGAAGUGCCUGAUUCAUAUCAUAAAGAAACUGACGGCAGAACAUGAGGAGUUUAUCACUGCCCUGGUUCCUGAGGUGAUUCUGUGCACCAAGGAAGUGUCAGUGGGAGCUCGGAAGAAUGCCUUUGUGCUGCUAGUGGAAAUGGCACGUGCUUUCCUUCGGUUUGACUCUAACCAAGAAGCUGCUUUGCAGAGAUACAUGCUCCUGAUCUACCCUGGCCUCGCGGGCUCUGUCACCAUGAUCAGCUGCAGCGUCCUGGCCCUCACCCACCUCCUCUUCGAAUUCAAAGGUCUGAUGGGAACAGACACCAUAGAGCAGUUGCUGAAAAACGUGUGCCUGCUUCUGGCUUCCCGUACCCGCGAUGUGGUCAAGUCUGCCCUGGGCUUCCUAAAGGUGGUGCUGCUGGUCAUGGACAUGACUCAUCUGGCCAGGCACCUGCAGCUCAUGAUGGAAGCCAUCGGGAGCCUGACCGAUGACAUGCGCCGCCAUUUCCGAAUGAAGCUCAGGAACCUGUUUACUAAAUUUAUCCGCAAGUUUGGAUUUGAGCUGGUCAAGGGGUUGCUCCCCGAGGACUACCACAGAGUCCUGGUGAACAUCCGCAAGGCGGAGGCGCGGUCCAAGAAGCAGCGGGCCUUGCAGCAGGCGUCCGUGGAAGAGGAGGAUGGCCCUCCUCAGGUCAGAGGAGACAGCAUUGAAGAGAUUUUGGCCGACUCGGAGGACGAGGAGGAGACCGAGAAGGCAGCCAAGGGCAAGGAUCAGAAGAAGCUGGCACGACAGAGGAGCAGGGCAUGGCUGAAAGAGGGUGGUGGGGAUGAACCCCUCAACUUCCUGGAUCCCAGGGUGUCCCAGCGAGUCCUAGCCACGCAGCCUGGCGUGAACCCAAAGAGGAAGGGCCAUGACUUCAAACUCAGUGCGGACGGGCGCCUGAUCAUCCUGGAGGAGGGAGAGCAAGAGGAGGAAGACGGCGCAAAAGGUGCAGAUGACGAGAUGACUGACCUCAAGCAAGAAGUGCACGUCCUGAGCAAAAAAGCCCGAAAACUCAAAGUUUGGCAGGACCGUGAUGAUGACGAGCCGGAGCCCCCAACCCAGUACAAAGCCGGAGGGUCUGGAAUACACCGACCGCUAGCCAAGAAGCCUGGGGCUGAUUACAAGGCCAAGAAAGGAAGAGGUGAUGUGAAAAAGAAAGGUCGCCUUGACCCCUACGCCUACAUCCCCCUGAACAGAGCCAAGCUCAAUCACAGGAAAAAGGCAAAGAUGCAAGGACAGUUUAAGGGCCUGGUGAAAGCUGCCCAGCGUGGGGCGCAGGCUGGGCAAAAGAACCGAAGGAAGAAGCGUCGGGCCUGAAGUCCCAGAAUCCCGCGGGGCCGCUGUCCUGAGCGUCGUUCUCACAGCCUGCCUGAUGUGGAGUGCCCAUGACUUUGACAGUGCCCUGGAACCAGGGAAAUGGUUAGAGAGCAACCCAGCGGGACUAGAGGCUGAUUCCAGAGACUUACCAAGGCCUGAGGAAGGCCUGCGACCUGGUAGGCGGAGUCCUCCUCGCUGUUGGAGUCUGGGACAGUGGCCUGAGUGUUCUCUGAACCAGAUUCAUCCAAGAUGACUCUGUAUAUUGUUUAAAGGACCAAGGGCCCCAGACUACAGAUGGCCAUGCCAGGGAAUCCAUUGGGUGGGUUCCAGUGGUCGAAGCUACCUGAAUUUUGGGGACACAGUGUUUUCCUGAUCAGACUGCAGCUGUUCAAAGGCCUCAGUGUUGGGGCAGUGUGGGGGGGAUGUGUGUGUGUGUGUGUGUGUGUGUGUACGUGUGUACGUCUGCUUUGCUGGUCAUUCAUUGACCACAAGACUGUACUACGCCACACUGAUGUGCAUUAAACUUGGGCUUGCUGAAUACCCUC